CUGGGCACUAUAAUACAGGAGAUCCACCUGGAACAUAUAGUCUACUGGACACUUUAUCACAGGAGAUCCACCAGGAGCAUCUAGACUACUGGGCACUAUAAUACAGGAGAUCCACCUGGAACAUAUAGUCUACUGGACUCUUUAUCACAGGAGAUCCACCUGGAACAUAUAGUCUACUGGACUCUUUAUCACAGGAGAUCCACCUAGAACAUAUAGUCUACUGGACUCUUUAUCACAGGAGAUCCACCUGGAACAUAUAGUCUACUGGACACUUUUUAUCACAGGAGAUCCACCUUGAACAUAUAGUCUACUGGACUCUUUAUCACAGGAGAUCCACCUGGAACAUAUACUCUACUGGACUCUAUCACAGGAGAUCCACCUGGAGCAUAUAAUCUACUGGACUCUAUCACAGGAGAUCUACCUGGAGCAUAUAGUCUACUGGAUUCUUUAUCACAGGAGAUCUACCUAGAACAUAUAGUCUACUGGACACUUUAUCACAGGAGAUCUACCUGGAGCAGCUCCUCUACAUGAUAUUGGAUGGUAACCUAAGGAACCUCCAGCACCUGUAUUUGGGUAACAGAUCUAAGUCCUUGUCCUAUACUGAGUGAAAAGGACAGAUGACCUUCAAUCUUUUUUAUCGGAAGGUUGGGAACCUCUAGUGAACAUCCCUGGGCACCAACCUGUAUUUGGAAGGGAAUCCUGAGGCCAGGGCUCUCCUCAUUGGAUCAUAUAAUGGGGCUAUCACAUUCUCGAUCUGAGGUGUCUCGGGAACUUAUGGAGAAGACUGGCUUCUCCGCAGAGCAAAUUGAGCAUCUACACAAGCGCUUUAUCUACCUAACAGGUGACAAGCCAGUCCUCAGUAUAAGAGAUUUCGAAAAAGUUCCAGACUUGACGCAGAAUCCUAUUAGGGAGAAAAUAAAAAAAGCUUUUUUUGACAGAAGGAACCUACGGACAGGAUCUGAAGGGUAUGAAAGUGAAAUUAACUUUGAGCAAUUCCUCAUCAUUAUGUCUUACUUCCGCCCCAUGGGAGGGCAUAUGGAUGAGGAGAACAUUAGUUCAUGUCGUAAGGACAAGCUGAGAUUCCUGUUCCACAUGUAUGACACAGACAAUGACAGCAAGAUAACCCUGGAUGAAUACAGAAGUGUGGUAGAAGAGUUGCUGUCAGGGAAUCUGCAUAUUGAGAAGGAGACGGCAAGGUCUAUAGCUGAUGGAGCUAUGAUGGAAGCAGCCAGCAUGUGUGUGGGGCAAAUGGAACCAGAUCAGGUGUAUGAAGGAAUAACCUUUGAAGACUUUUUAAAGAUUUGGGAGAAAAUUGAUAUUGAAACCAAAAUGCAUGUUAGAUUCCUGAACAUGGACACAAUACCUUCCUGCCACUGAGUUUUCUGAAGAUGGUGAACUUAGCCUCUGCUGGAAAGUAAUUCAUCAUCUAAAUUGUUUAUUUAAAGGGGUCUUCUAUUACUGUAUUGAUAUUGGGGUCUUAGAUUUUAUUAUGAAGAUUAUAAUGUAGAAGGAAUUAAUCAAUUUAUAUCUAAUACUCUGAACUAGUUCAUGAAUGGUCUUUUUAUGUGACCUAAGUAAGUGCUACACACCUCAAAUUCUGUAUCCAGCGGCUGGAAUCCAGUGAAAGAAUUUCCAUCUCCCACCAUAUACCGGUCAGAUCCAUACAGUACCCUAUUUAUUUCAAUGAGCUGAAUGGAGUCAGUUAGUGACUUCAUUUGGCUCAUUGAAAUAAAUGAGGUACUGCAGAGAUACGGUAGGAGGUGGUUUUGAAAUUCUCCCACAGGAUCUGGCUGCGCAAACUGUGGUGUGCCUUCUUCCCUAAUGGGGUUGUCUUUGGAAGACAACCCUGAUGUUAUGUCCUACAAGGGCAUUUAGACAUCAAAGUGAGUGGGCCCGAUUCAGGUUCCCCUUUGUGACUCUCUUCUUGCAUCAGUAUCACAAUGUAACCAAAUUGACUACCCAGACGGCUAUCCUAGAUAGGGCUAGAACUAUUAAACCAGAGCAUUAAAAGAUUUCAGACAAUUCAAUUUUCAUCUUAUUUUAAGUAAAUGUAUUUAUACUUUUAUGUUUUUUUCAGGAUAGUUGUAGAUUGGUCACGUAUAGAGGAGAUGUUUGGCAUAGACAGAGUAGUGGUUCUUUCGUGAACUGGGAUGGCAUCCUUCUCUACUUAAAAGAUUCUAAGGAAUAUUGUAUUGUUCAGCAUUUGCUGAAGCUAUAUUAGCUAACAGAUUGCUGAAAGUAUGAACGGAGGUACGAGUUGUAUGUUCUAUAGUGUCCAAUUGGUAUGUGAGAGGUAUUGUAGUAUGUAUAGAGGGUUAUAUAAUCCUGAAUGUAAAUGAUCUACACAGGAUCAAUAGCAAUAGGUAAAGAUUGAAGAAUUGUCUAAAAUCCUCAAAUAAAUAACUGCUAAAUAAAUGCCUUGCUGUUAACCAGAAAUGUCACUAUGUAGUGUAUUUAGACUACCACUAGGUAAAAUUGCCCCAUCAUAUGAAUCUGUAUUGAAUAUAUUUGCUUUUGGACUUUCAUUAAAAAGCACCAGUUACUAUGGAUACUAAGUCAGAGGUCUACCAGCAAAACACAUGCCAAAAGCAUUCUCUCUAGCCAUAGUGCGCUUGGUAGAUGUCUAUGGGCAUGUUAGGAAAGUGCUUAUGCAAAGUAACUCUUUGGUGCCACCAUUUGGAUGUAUCUUCCCUCCAAGUACAUUUUUGACUUAUUUUGCCUUAGAACAUGACUGGGGAUUUGAUAAGCCAAGCCAGAACCCCCUCCUCCCUCCAGAAGGGUAAGUUACCCAUCUUCAGACAAAUGCCAUAUCGAGACUUGAUUCUACAUUUCAAAGAAGAAAUAAGAAGAAACUAAAGCAAACUCCAUAGGAAAAAAGCAACAGACAAUCAUGCAGCACUAUACCAAUAGCAGUAACGUUUUAUAGUUCUAACAAUUGUGAUUGGCAGCACAUGGGUACAACCAAAGACAUGGUAAAUCUAGUACAUAUUGUAUGAAUAAUAAGAAUUCUACUAUUGGAAAUUCCUUUACUCCUAUGGUGUAGACAUGGAUUUGUAUAAGAUGCACUGUUUUACCUAUUACUAUACCCAGCUUCAGCUUUACAUCCUAUGAUUAUUCCUCUCACAGGGAAAGAAGUUCUGUGCUACCAAGGUUUAUAUUAUUUACUGGGGAGAGCUCUGGACUGCUGGCAGGAAAAGAGGACAUCAAAGCCCAUUCAUAUAAAGAACAAUGUAGUUUAUCAAUCGGGUUUCCAAGAUUACAAAACAUGACUGCUUACUUUUAUAAACAGUGGCACCUGUCCAUAGGAUGUGUCUGGUACUGCAGCUCCGCUCCAUUGAAUUGAAUGGGGCUGGGCUACAUUACCGCACACAAUCUGUGAACAGGCGUGGCACUGUUUCUGUAAGAAAGCUAUCUAGUUUUUGAGAUGGAAUGUAUUGGAAAAAAAGAAAAUAAUGUUUUUUAACCAGAAAAUCAUGCUGCACAUUUUUUAAUAAUUGAAAUCUUAAGAGGGUACUCCUGGGAACUAAAACUUAGCCCCUAUCCACAGUCACAGGUUUCAGACCCCCUCCAGAGCAGUACAGCCCCACCAUCGGAGAUGCGCAGGAGUAACACUGAGACUGUGCAUAGGGGGCAAGUUUAAGUUACCAAGAGUACCUCUUUAAUGGCUAUUUCAGGCAAUACCUCAGUAUAUAUGUUCUGUGUGUUAACUACGGUUUUAAAGAAAAAAAAACCAGGUAUUGUUCUCUCUCUGCCUUCAGGUAGAUCAGGUAUGAUUUCCCUUCCUCUUACUGUGGGGCAGUAUGCAGAACCAGCAGGGGCUUCUGUGCUUGUAAAUGUCAAUAAAGAAGGUGUACACAUGAAAAGCAAUAAACUGGAGAAAGCUAAAUUCUGAAUGUAGUACAAAUAAUAAAAUCUUUUUUUUUCUAAAAAGUAACAAUUUCAUGUAUGCUUUUUUUCUUAUUCAGUAAGAUUUGUUUGUUAUCAUAGGUAGAGAGAAUUGACACAGGUUGCUGGUCCAAGAAAAUGCAGAUAAUAAAUGGACAUCACUUAGACAUUAUAUGACUGAUGACAAUGGGCUUUAAUUUUUAUAAUAGCCUGAGGCUAGGGCCACAUAUGUAAUUUAUAUAACACAACAGCAUCUCUUAUUUAGCAAAACUGGUGUGGUCAGUCUGUUCCAGGACGAAAGCAUGUACGCAAUCUUACCAUAAGUAUUCUAAGAGAGUGGUACAUGUUUUGUAAUAUUAAGAUCAAACACUUGUUUAUUAAAGAAGUCAUAUUAUUAAUACAACCAAUGUCCAAGAAUGUUUCUAGCUUUCUGUAGCUUCAGGCAAAAAGUGGAAUUGGUCCCUGCCCUAUUGAAAAAAAUAGAGAAAUGUUUGUGUGCAGACAAUCUGCAUUGUAUAACAGUGUACCUCUAUAUAAUACUCCUAUUAGAUAGAACAAAAACAGGUUGGUUACAGCUCACCACUUGUAGUCUUGAACUUGUUUGAGAAUCUUAUCCGAGGUGCACGGGACUGGAA